GUACAUUUGUAUUAAAACUGAUGUUGAACACAAGUGCGUUGUCAUUUCAAAUCACAUAAAUCCAUUCCAUUAAUUGCUCUGAAUUCAGAAACGCGGUCGUAGAAACCUCUCUUGUACUUGCGUUGCGGUAUAGAGACUUUCCCUGUGAGCACUUAAACCCCUUUUGCAUUUCAAAGACAGAGAAGUCUAAAUAUAGCACAUUCUCACUCCCCUCCCCUCACCCCCUUGUGGUUUUUUUCCCUUUCUUUUUUGGAUCUCGGUUUUUGGGGAGCAUUUCUCCGCUCACUCUCUGCUGCAGGAGUGCUCCAUGUGUUAUAGUCACAAGGCUUUGCAUGUGCCUCUCUGUUGCUGCUGCUGCUGCUGUGUGUGCCAAUGCAGUCGAGACUGGAUGGGUGUUUUACUGAUGAGCCCCAGGUCUUCCUCAGCUGGAGCACAACCUGUAUAUGUUAGAAUCUGAUGUUGUUAAGGAAUACGACAACUAUUAUAAAAUCACGGAUGAGAUAUGUCUUGAUAUGCCUGAAAUAGAGAUUAUGUUGUCACUGGCACUAGUCAUCACAAAAAAAAUAAAAAUUCUUGAAUGAUGUAAAAGAUUUUCGAAGAAAACAAAAUUAAACAGUAGGAUACAGUCCUAUAACUUUUUAAAUAUGAUUAAUGCCACUAUAAGAGAGUAUCUAUAUCACAAACCUUUCAAGCACUCCCAAUUUGCGUGAGUUUAUGUUAAGGUAGUUUCUGCCAUUUUAAGAAAACAUAUGACUUGAAAAUACUGUAGAUUUCUACUGACAAUAUUUUGUGUGAAUACCACACACAGAUACAUUCACACAUUCACUCUCACAAACCAUCCUCUUUUUGGCUCCAUCUCUUCCAGCCAGGUUAACCAUACUGCCAUAAUACAGUCCAACAAAUACUCCCAUCCCUUCCUCCUACAUUCUGACACUCAUCCUUUUUCCUUCUCUCAGGACUGCUGUUCACUUUGCAGUAGAUGUAUACACACACACAGGCACACACACACACACAUGCGCGCACACACACACACACAAUCGCACAGACUUUGAUCUGGAUUGCCAGGAGAUAUUCAGAUCACGGGUGAGCGUCUCCUGGAAGACAGGCGAGGGAGUGUUGUAGGUGACUCUUGUUGAUUGGGCCCUGUCCCGGCUGGCAACCCCUCCCCCCUGGGGGUUGAAAUAGCAUAUAAAUGCAGGCAGAGCCAGCCGGCCGACCAUCCCUGCACGUUGAGAUGUCAGGGGGACCAGGGAGAACAGCAUGGGGGCUGUGAGACUUGCCAUCUUCAUUCUGCUGCUGCUGACAGUGGGAGAAGCGAAUGACACUGAAGUUCAAGUUUGGACCUGUGGCUACAGAGGGCUCUGCAGGAAGUACUGCUACGCCCAGGAGUACAUGGUGGGCUACCACGGCUGUCCACGCAGAUACAGAUGCUGUGCUUUGCGUUUCUAACAGAGGCUGACAAAAUGGUAGUCCGCAUUGGGCCGCAUCACUCAAUACUCAACAUGAUCUUAAUAGUUUGCUGUGUUUGCAUCUUGAUACUGAUGUCAAAGUUUUGACACAAAGCUGACUUUAUACUUACCUUACUUGCUUUGUGACUCCUGUUU